AUGCUUCUUACGAUGGCUGUGGUCAUAAAUAAAAUCAAGUAUGCUUUCAAAAACUAUCCAAUAAUCGCAAACAGUGUAACUUAUGGAAGUAUGUGCGUCCUAGCAGAAUUCAGCCAGCAAGUGGUUACGCGGAAGUACAUUGAUAAAAAAGAUCCCCCAGAACCAUUAGAUAAAGGUGCUCUGGUUAGGUAUGCAGUUGUUGGUUCCGGCAUCAACUCAAACAUGCUCUACUUUUGGUACAAAUGGCUGGAUAAAAAAUAUACUGGAACAGUUCCGAAGAUCAUCUUAAAAAAAUUGUUACUUGACCAAUUUGUGAUGACACCACAGCUCCUAACUGCUUUUUAUAUAAGCAUGAGUAUAAUGGAAGGUAAAGAAGACAUAUUCAAAGAACUGAAAGAAAAAUUUGUACCAACGUUUCAGAGGUCUUGUCUGUUCUGGCUCCCAGCACAAACUAUUAACUUCCUUUUCAUACCCCCUGUGGCUAGGGUUGUGUAUGUUGGUACUUGUUCCUUUAUUUGGAUAAAUAUUCUCUGUUAUGUCAAGAGAUGGAAUGUAGAAGAAACGGCACAAGAAGAGGCAGUCAAAUCGUGAUUACUUUAAUGACCCCGUUUCAGUUGUGGAUUGUUUGUGUUUACUGAUUCUUGUACACUAGAUCCAAAGGAAAACAAUCGAGUAAAAAGAGUGAUUUAUGAAUGUAAUAUAUAAAAAUAUAAUUUUUAUUCAAUGUGUGAAAUACAUUAUCCACCUCUUCUAUAUCUAGCUUAAGAUGUUUGCAAUCAUUAUUGAAAUUCAGUUAUGAUUCCAAAUUUUAAUCCUUAUACGUUGUUUGACAAUAUUUUAUUUCUUUC